AUGGAGGGUCCGUCUAAAAGCCAUAAACGCAAGAAAAUAGGCGAGCAUAUGAUGAAGAACAAAAAGAAACAUGUGAUCAACAACAUUAUCAACAUGAAACAAGAGGAAAACAAGAUGGACAUGAAGAGAUCAAGCGGGACAAAUGAUAAAUGCGAGCAUGAGAGUUUUGGAGUGUUUGAAUUCCCGUGGAUGAAGGAGAGCAUGAUCUCAACCUCGCUUGAUUGGAGUCUACCCGAAUUUCCUUUUCCGGUCAUAAAUGAUGGGAAUGAGUUAUUUGAAGAGAUUAGUGAAGUGAGAUGGCCAGUGAAACGGGUUAGUAAUGAUAGGUUAGAUUUUGAAGACUUUGAAUGCAUUUGGAAUUUUAUUUCUGAUUAG